UUCAAAUGUUUAUUCAUCUCGUGGUGAAUUUGAACUAGGAAGAGAUAUUUGACAUAGGCAAAUAAACAAAUUAAAACACAAGGUCAAAGUAGGAUUAUCAUGGACUGAAGUAAAUGGUGAAUUAGUGGUAAAAAAAAUUUUUUUUCUAAACAACAUUACGAUAUAAUUCAUGAAACUAUCGAGUAUAGAAAGAAUUCAACAAAAAAAAGAUCUUUGUGGAUGUAUUUUACAUGCAUUCGAACUAUCAAUAUCUGGACCAAUCAACCUGAAAAUAGUAGCUAGCUUUUAAUAAUCUCUCUGAGAAAUUAGUCAACAUCGACUUUUAGCCGUAUUAUAUCCUUAUAAGAAGAAAAAAGUAAAAUCUACCAAGUAGAAAUAAUGACCGUUUGCCUUCUAAUCUAUUAUUCAAAUUUUUUAUAGAAUAUACCAAAAAGGUAGAUUAUCGGCAACUGAAAAAAAAAUGCAAUAUUUAAAAUAUUGUUUAUUGUCUAUAUAUUGAGGUUAUGUAGUGAAACAAGGAUGAAAAGCGACAUAUUUUUUUCGGUUUAUGAGGAUUGAUUGCUGGCAAGUUCAAUCACUGAAAAUUUCUUUAAAAAAAUGGCGCUCAUAUUAUAAAGUUGCUUAUCAAUAUAAUAAUAACAAAGCUUUAUCAAAAAAGGGGUCUCAUAGCCAUUGCAGUUUUUGAUGCUCUUUCGAACAAAAAAAGAAAACUAUUUCACUUAGUAUCAGAUUAUAGUUGACUUUCACUAGAGAUCCGUUGUUCGAGCAUCAUUCUGAGAAAAAAACGAAAAAGAUUUUUAGGUUUUUCGAAUAGGGAUUGUCAAAAAAAAAUCUUGAAAACUUUUCGAAAAAAAUUAAAAAGUUUUUAUCUUUUAUGAAAGAGCAAAUGACAGGCUAUCGCUCCAUGUAUAUUUGUCAAUUUCAAUGAUUCUGACGAAAAGUGACUUUUUUGAGGGGGACUUAAUUAAAAAUUAGAAUGCACUUCGAUCAUAUAGUUAUGAUAAGAAUCUCAAAUCCUGCUGUUCGAUUAUAUGAAAAAACUUGUUUUUUUGGAAUUUUGUAUGUAUCGUCGUCCUUAUGGAUAAACAGACGUUAAAAUUUUUUUCAAGGGAACUUGUCCAUGCUGUUCUAUUCAGGAUAAAAUAAAAUCUCAUUUUGGACUGGCAAAUGAUCCAUUCUUGAUAUAAUUCAUGUAAAAUUUGAAUGAUCCUUCAAAAUAGAAAUAUUUAUUUAUUUUUUAUACAGACUAAAUUUUGCUGUUUUUCUCAUCAAGAUACGAUAAUACUAAAAAUUAAGUAUUGACUAACGUUUUGAAUGAGUAACAUUACAAGUUAAAAUAUUCAAGUUCAUUAUGUUGCAUAUGAACAAUUCGAAUGCCUAAAAAAAUACGAAAACACAUUUUUUCGUUGAAUGUCUCCUAAAUUGUUAUCAUUCUUGAUGCUCUUAUAAAGACUUUUUUUGUAAGAAUGUAGAAAUUAAAAAGCAAAAACUGUUUAUUUUUUUAGCAAUUUAAAGCUCAUGAUCGUUUUCAUCCAAGGUCAUCAGAAAUCUAUGCUGAACUAGAUCGAUUAUCUUCUGAAUUAAUUCAACAUGGUCAUGGACUUGAUUCAAGUUGGAUAACUCGUUCAAUGAAAGAAGAUGAAAUUAUUGAAUCGGUUGUAUGUGGACAUAGUGAGAAAUUAGCAAUUGCAUUUAAUUUCAUUCAACAACCUAUUCCAUCGAUUAUUCAAAUUACUAAAAAUCUUCGUGUCUGUGGUGAUUGUCAUGAAGCUACAAAGUUGAUCGCAAAAAAUCGACAACGUCAUAUUAUUGUUCGUGAUGCUAAUCGUAUUCACCAUUUCUAUUCAAGUGGACAAUGUUCUUGUCAAGAUCAUUUUUAA